AUGCAAUUCAAAUUCUCAGUUUCAUACACACACACAGGUGAUUCCAAAAGGGUCCAACAUUUGCUGGCACUCGAAGGAGCCCACGAAAGAUUGCAUUUGUUUGAAGCCGACUUACUCGAGGAAGGAUCAUUUGAUUCUGUUGUUGAUGGCUGUGAAGGUGUCUUUCACACAGCAUCACCCGUUUUCUUUAAAGUUGUCGACCCACAGGUUUAUUAUUUGAAUUAUUUUUUUCUACAUAUAUUCACAAUUGAAUUUUUUCCCAAGGCCGAGUCCAAAAGUUUGAGCACUCAUGCUGAAUUAUCUCGCAAAAUCGUCGUAAUUUGCAUUUCUGGUUCGAUUUACUCAAAACAGUAUCAUCAGGCUAAUGUGGAAUAUUAUGCUCUCUCAAAAACUUUAGCUGAGAAGACUACAUGGAAAUUCGCUGAAGAAAAUGGCAUAGACGUAGUUACAUUACACCCAGGCUAUGUGAUCGGUCCACUAUUGCAGCCAACUCUCAAUUUUAGUUCUGAGGCUCUAUUGGAUCUUAUUAAAGAAGGAAAACCACUAUGGCCUAAUGGAGUGUACAGAUAUGUGGACGUCAGGGAUGUUGCUCUUGCCCAUGUUUUGGCAUUUGAGAAUUCAUCUGCCCAGGGCCGUUACCUUUUGGUGGGUAGCGUGACUUAUUCGUUUGAAGCGAUCGACAUACUAAAUAGAAUUUUUCCGACUCUCAGCUGUCCUCCAACAAGUACAGAGGAUCGACCUGCCAAGCCCCCAUACCGAGUGUCCCAAGAGAAAGCGAAAAGUUUGGGUCUCGAUUUCAUGCCUCUUGAGGUGAGCCUCAAGGACACAGUUGAAAGCUUUAAGCAAAAGAACUUUCUCUCCUAA